ACUCACGAAGUCGGCCAUCUUUUUUGCAACUUUCUUUCAUCUUCGUCAACUGCAAAGUGCGUGUUCGCGUGGUGCCGGUAAAAAGUGCAAAUUUGUGCUAGAAAACAACGCUUCCGUUGCAUCAAUUGUCGGUUAUUUCAUCACUGGUAUCAUCAGCAACUAGUUUGUAGUUGGUUCUCGAAAGGUGUGCAUCUCAUCCUUGAUUUGACUAAGUUUUGAAAGUGAUGGAUAACGAUAACGAUCAGCAGAACAACCGGGACCGUUCCCGCCGUAGCGAUCGUGGCCGUAAUAGUUCCCGCUUUAGCAACGAUCGGGACCGUAGCCGUGAUCGUGAGCGGGGCGAUUGUCGCAGAAUUUACGUCUCGAACGUACCGUACGAGUACCGUUGGCAAGAUCUGAAGGAUCUGUUCCGCAAGGAGGUCGGCGAUGUGUCGUUCGUCGAGUUGUUCCACGAUGAGAACAAUAAGCCCAGAGGCUGCGGAAUUGUGGAAUUCGAAAAGGCCGAACACGUACAAUCCGCUCUGGACAAAAUGAACAGAUUUGACAUCAACGGCCGACAGUUGGUAAUAAAGGAGGAUUAUGGAAACGAACGGGACAAGUACGGACGCGUCGUGCCCAAAUCGUUCCGCGGAGGAGGGGACCGCGACGAUAGUAGCCGACGACGAGAUCGUGAUGAUGAUCGAAUUUCGGGACGUGAUGAUGGUGGUGGUUUCAAUCCGGACUUCAAUACCUACGGUCUCAGCAUCAAGUUCUUGGAAGGUCUCGGCAUUCAGGGGCCUCUGCAUACCCGUAUCUUCAUUGCCAAUCUUGAUUACAAGGUCGAUGCUAAAAAGCUUAAGCAGGUCUUUAAGAUGGCCGGAAAGGUCCAGAAUGUGGACUUGUCUGUCGAUAAAGAUGGCAACAGCCGGGGUUUCGCAGUCGUUGAGUACGAUCAUCCCGUCGAGGCUGUCCAGGCUAUUUCAAUGUUCGACAGGCAAAUGUUGUUCGAUCGUCGCAUGACUGUCCGUCUCGAUCGCGUACCGGAGAAGGGUGAGCUUAACCGUCUACCGGAGGGGUUGAAGGGUAUCGGUAUCGGUCUAGGUCCGAACGGCGAACCAUUGAAGGACGUGGCUCGUAAUCUUCCCACGUUGCAACAGAAUAAUCAGGUUCAGAACAAUUCCAUCCAAAACGCUGCUCCGACUCCAGUUCAGCCUCCACUUGGUGCCAACUUAUUGAGCGCUGCGUCCGGAUUGAACAGCAAUCUCGCCGCUCAGCUUAGCAGCGUCGUUGGCUUGUCCAAUCUAACUGGUAAUUUGCAGAAUUCGCUUUUGAGCAAUGCUGCGGCUGGUUUGUCGAAUUUGACGGGCUUAGGUAAUCUCACCGGAGCCGGUGGUGGUGGUCUUGCUGGACUUGGUGGAUCCGGUAAUUCCGGAUUAGCUGGUCUUGGCUCUCUUGGCGGAGGAGGUAAUGACGGUGGUCUUGGUGGCAACAACUUCAAUCAGAACUACUCUUCUGGAGCUUUUGGAGGCAGCGGUGGCGGAAACCGAGGAAACGAUUACGACAUGGGAUCGUCCAACGUUCGCAAUUACAGCACUGCGCCUAAUGAUGAUUACGGUCGAAACUAUGGCAGCAUGAACAACGGAAACAAUCGUAAGACAUCUGACACGAUUGUAAUCCGCAACAUGCCCGUUUCCUGGACAUGGCAAACUCUCCGUGACAAAUUCCGUGAUGUCGGAGAAGUAAAGUUUGCUGAAAUUCGUGGACAGGACACCGGCGUUGUUCGCUUCGCCAAAGAGCGAGAUGCUGAGGUUGCCAUAAAAUUAAUGGACGGUUCUCGGUUCGAUGGUCGUACUGUUGAUGUAAACUUCUUCUAAGCACUUAGACGCGGGGGUCAUUCGCUACCGUAUUCACUUCCAGUAAUGAGAAACAUAGCCCUUUUGAGCUACAUUAGCUAUACGUUUUAGUAGGAUGAGUUGGUGUUUUAGUCCCUCGUGUAGGAUUGUACAUUGAGAAUCGUAAGGACGGCUCUUGCUAUUCUCUUUAGAUCAAAUUGCUCACGGGAAUCCCUUUACAUCGUUUUGGUUGUUUUAUCGUUUUAUUUUUGUCGAUAUCAUCAAGAGCUAAAUCGGGCUGCGAAUAUUUUUGAGAAGUAUCGAAAUAUUCGAUAUAUUUGAUUCUUCAGCGUUGUAUCAGUUGACACCAUCUACUAGUAUUCGCAAGGUUCACUUCUGGGUCUGAACAAUUUUAGAGACAAUUAUGUUUUUGGGGCACCGUCUUUGUUUCACUCCAGCAACUAAAAUAUAAUCGUCAAAGGCAAUUGACAGUUUUACACAGCAUAGAUUAGAAUUAUCCUUAAGUUAAAAUAAUGCAAUGAUUUUGAACUGAAUAUUUUGGCAUUAGGAAUAAACACACAGAGUUCAGCAAAUGACAAUAUUAAUUGUCUUUACUCUCCCGGAUCUUUUCUGCAUUGAUGUCGAUUCAGUUUUUUAUUGUUGAAUUUCUGGCUUCAUAAAGCAAUUUGUAUGAGAAAACGCUACCGUCUACGAAUUAAUCAUUUAGGUACCUACUCGUACAUAUUCAACUGAGGUAUGCAUAUAAUUGAUAACAAAUAAAAUUAGACAAACCACUUC